GCGGGCGCGGGGCCUGGGGCGGAGGCGCGGGGUGGGUGUGGGGGCGGCCCCCCGGAGGGCCGCCGGGCUUCCUGCUAGGGCGCUCGCGUGCUGGUAGAGCGCAGGCCGGCGGGCCGACCAUGAGGACUCUCCGCAGGUUGAAGUUCAUGAGUUCGCCCAGCCUCAGUGACCUGGGCAAGAGAGAGCCGGCCGCCGCCGCCGCGGACGAGCGGGGCACGCAGCAGCGCCGGGCCUGCGCCAACGCCACCUGGAACAGCAUUCACAACGGGGUGAUCGCUGUGUUCCAGCGCAAGGGCCUGCCAGACCAGGAGCUCUUCAGCCUCAAUGAAGGUGUCCGGCAGCUGCUGAAGACGGAGCUGGGAUCCUUCUUCACCGAGUACCUGCAGAACCAGCUGCUGACAAAAGGCAUGGUGAUCCUGCGGGACAAGAUCCGAUUCUACGAGGGACAGAAGCUGCUGGACUCGCUGGCGGACACGUGGGACUUCUUCUUCAGUGACGUGCUACCCACGCUGCAGGCUAUCUUCCACCCGGUUCAGGGCAAGGAGCCGUCGGUGCGCCAGCUGGCCCUGCUGCACUUCCGGAAUACCAUCACCCUCAGUGUGAAGCUGGAGGAUGCGCUGGCCCGCGCCCAUGCCCGCGUGCCCCCCGCCAUUGUGCAGAUGCUACUGGUGCUGCAGGGAGUGCACGAGUCCAGGGGUGUGACCAAGGACUACCUGCGCCUGGAGACUUUGGUCCAGAAGGUGGUGUCGCCCUACCUGGGCACCUACGGCCUCUACUCCAACGAGGGUCCCUUCCCGCACUCCUGUAUCCUGGAGAAGCACUUCCUGCGCCGUUCCCGCUCCGGGGAUGUCCUGGCCAAGAACCCCGUGGUGCGCUCCAAGAGCUACAACACGCCGCUGCUGAACCCUGUGGCAGAGCACGAGGCCGAGGGAUCAGCGGGUGGCGGCAGCACGGGCAUCCGUAGGCACUCGGUGUCUGAGAUGACAUCCUUCCCUGAGCCCCAAGCUUUCGGGGCCGCAGCAGCACCCCCCUCACCUACUGUGGGACCCUCCCCCAACAGACUGUACCCACCAGGCAUGCCCCCCGAGCCCGGCCCUGCUGGGGCGCAUGGCUCCCCACCCUCCUCCAGCCCCGAGAACCUGGUGGAUCAUAUCCUGGAGUCAGUGGACUCCGACAGCGAGGGCAUCUUCAUCGACUUCGGCCGGGGGCGUCGCUUGAGCGCAUCCGAGCUAGGGGAACACAGUGGCCAGCAGAGCUUCGUGUGAGCCUCAGAUUUGCACUGAACCUUGGCCUGUGAGAGUUUUAUACUCAGUCCUGUUUGGUCCCCCUGGACCUCAGCCACCACUUCAGUUUCCUCUCUUUGCUGGGAGAGCCACUGGCUGUGGGCCCAGGUCCUGAUACAGCUCUCAGCAUCUGGGACCUUGCCUGUCAUUGAGGUCACCAGGUCACACUGGACAUCAGCACUCCUCCCCAUCCACACUGCCCUCCAGCAUCCAUGAUUUCAGAGACUGAAAGUGUGUCCCACCCAGGCCCCCAGAAAGACGGGAGGGUGCGGUAGAUACAGAUUCCCCCUGCCACACACAGAUGGCCUAAGCUGCACUUGUGGGCCUGAUGCAGCUCCUGGUACCCUUGUGGGAUGGGAUUGGGUAGGGAGAGGGAAGAAUAAAGUAUGUCUGCCCCAUUCCUCA